AUGUUUUCAGCACCGCACACCUUCACACCAGACAGCGAAUUCGCUGAGCAGGAAACCCCUCGCGGGCUGAACACUAGUUGUCUCUCCAUCACUGCCCUUGCUCGCUUCGAGUUCGAGGCAGGCAAAGGCAAUGAGGGCACCAAGAUCUUGAUGAUCGAGUGGGAGGAUGACGACCUAAACCGAUCUGUAGUAGAGGGGUCAUGGCACGUUUCGUGGACUGGAAAGACAACGGUCAUCCCUGCCGAUGAUCGACCAAGUGACAGCCUCCGCCGCUUUUACUUCCUUCUCCCGCCCAACGUCACCAUCCCGCCUGUCGUUACCUUAUCCUACGAGCCACGCCCCACGUCCCAGACCGACGACAUCCCAUAUGUCCCCAGAUCCGGACGUGAUAGCUUCCAGCUGAAUCCCCUGCCCGCCAUUUUCCCGCCAGAGCUUGGCGCGACGGGUCGUGCGGCUGGCAAGAAAGGAGUCUUGCAUACAAUCUGGGCAAAGAAGCGCCUGCGCGUCCUUGAUCGCGAGAUUGAAGAGGAAUGCCUCAACAAUGCCGAGGGAGUCGCCCUGCACAUGGCCGUGCAAGAGAAGGAAUGGAUCGAGACAAACUUUGGAGUCAUCAUUCGCGGCGGUGAAGUUGUUUCAACUAGCCAGGACAAUUCGACCACAUCUCUCCACCCCACGGGCCCUGCGACGCCAGUAUCCCCUGUGACUGGGAGAAAGCUAAGCGAUAAGCUGAAGGGAUUGAAGUUGCAGACAAGUGAGAAGGACUUGGUAGGAUCAGGAAACGACAGCUCGGGCCCGAACACGGCGCACCUUCUGUCGCCGCAAUCUCCUGAUGUCGCCGUGUCGUCAUUCAGCUCCUUCGGCAAUGUUUCAAAUAAGGAGGAAGCUUUCAUUCCAACACCAGUCACCAACCCCUCCACGACACCAAGCACCCAGACAGAUCUAACUGGUGUUGAGGGGCUGAAAACCGUUGCGCUUUUCCCUCCUUCGUCCCUGAAAGCAGCCCAGCAAGACGUUGAACACAGCGGAUUCGCUUCCAUGCACACCAUGGACUCGUUCCCUCCUCUUGUCCGUACUAGUAGUGCGGACUCAGAUGAUCUCUUCGCCAAGGCACUGAGUCCUCGCUCACCAGAUCUGCCCCGGAGCCCUUUCUCAUUCCGUUAA